AUGAAAGCAAAGACGAAUACCCUCAGACUCGAGGAAGCCACCCCGGAAGACGUCCCCGCUCUGACGGAGACCUGGUUCGCGGCGUUCGCUGACGACGCCGUGAUCCGGCGCCUCUGGCCCGAUACGCCGAGCGUGCGCGCCUGGUGGGACACGGCGAAUCGCGGGGAUAUGUGGGAGAAGCCGUUUCAGCGGUUCAUCAAGGUUGUUGACACAAGCACCGGAGACAUAAAGGCGGCGACGGACGGGAGAGGGGGUAAGGCAGGCAGGCCGAGGAUCGCGGCGUGGGCCAAGUGGGAUACGAAUCUCGACACACUGGUGACGCACCCGGAUUAUCAGCGGCGGGGCGCGGCGUCGAUGUUGCUCAGGUGGGGGUGUGAGCUUGCCGACGAGAAUGGGGUUGGGGCGUAUGUUGACGCGAGUAAGGCGGGCGCGCUGCUGUACGAGCGGUUUGGGUUUGUGGAUGAGAGUGUGGAUAGGGAUGGGGAGGUUGCUUCUAUGGCGAGGCGCAGACGGUCUUGA